AUGGGCAACUGCAGCAGCGGCGCCCUGCCCUCCGCCCAAGACUCCACCGCACCUGAUCCGCGCCAGCACCGCCCAUCUAACGGCGGCGUUCGGAUCCUCUCUCCCAAUGCCCCCGCCCCACCCAAACCCCAGCCCCACCCACCCACAACCACCGCUGCUUCCGCCGCGCCUCCCAUCGGCCGCGUCCUCGGCCGCCCCAUGGAAGACGUCCGCGCCACCUACACCUUUGGCCGCGAGCUCGGCCGCGGCCAAUUCGGCGUCACCUACCUCGUCACCCACAAGCACAACAAGCAGCAGUUCGCCUGCAAAUCCAUCGCCACCCGCAAGCUCAUCAACCACGACGACGUCGAAGACGUCCGCCGUGAGGUCCAGAUCAUGCACCACCUCACCGGCCAUCGCAACAUCGUCGAGCUCAAGGGAGCUUACGAGGAUAAGCACUCCGUCAACCUCGUCAUGGAGCUCUGCGCCGGCGGCGAGCUCUUCGAUCGGAUCAUCGCUAAAGGCCAUUACUCCGAGCGAGCUGCGGCGAAUCUCUGCCGUCAGAUCGUCACCGUCGUGCAUUACUGUCAUUCGAUGGGGGUGAUGCAUAGGGAUUUGAAGCCGGAGAAUUUCUUACUCUUGAGUAAGGAUGAGGACUCGCCGCUCAAGGCCACCGAUUUCGGGCUCUCUGUGUUUUUCAAGCCAGGAGAUGUAUUUAAGGAUCUUGUGGGAAGUGCAUAUUAUGUUGCUCCCGAAGUGCUGCGUCGGCGUUAUGGAGCUGAGGCUGAUAUUUGGAGUGCAGGGGUGAUACUAUACAUUCUACUUAGUGGAGUCCCACCAUUUUGGGGAGAGAAUGAACAAGGUAUCUUUGAUGCCAUUCUUCGGGGCCAUAUUGAUUUCUCAUCUGAUCCCUGGCCUUCCAUAUCUAGCAGUGCCAAAGAUCUUGUGAAGAAAAUGCUCCGAGCUGAUACUAAGGAACGACUUGCAGCAGUUGACGUUUUAAAUCAUCCAUGGAUGCGAGAAGAUGGUGAUGCAUCUGAUAAACCUCUUGAUAUUGCUGUUUUAUCUAGAAUGAAACAGUUCAGGGCAAUGAACAAACUCAAGAAAGUAGCAUUGAAGGUAAUUGCAGAAAAUCUUUCUGAAGAGGAAAUCAUAGGCUUGAAGGAAAUGUUCAAAUCCAUGGACACAGAUAACAGUGGAACAAUUACAUUUGAAGAGUUAAAAGCUGGUCUUCCAAAACUGGGAACCAAGCUUUCUGAGUCUGAAGUGAGACAGUUGAUGGAAGCGGCUGAUGUGGAUGGAAAUGGAACAAUUGAUUACAUUGAGUUUAUAACGGCUACUAUGCACAUGAAUAGAAUGGAAAGAGAGGACCAUUUAUACAAAGCCUUUGAAUAUUUUGACAAAGACAAGAGCGGGUACAUCACAAUGGAAGAAUUGGAGCAAGCACUUAAGAAGUAUAAUAUGGGUGAUGAGAAAACAAUUAAGGAAAUCAUUGCGGAAGUUGACACAGACCUUGAUGGAAGGAUUAAUUAUGAUGAGUUUGCAGCCAUGAUGAGGAAAGGCGAUCCCGAGUUGUUUAGCUGCUUGGGAUUGCAUGUCAUUCGCCUGCCCUUUAGUGGAAGAGAUGAGUGCUCGAUUUACGUUGACUGGAGAGGUCAAAGUAGACAAAAUGCCCUUUUGGUGUAUAGGAGUUUUGGUUUGGUUUUUGGUGCUUUGAGCAUUGCCCCUCUUUAUGUUUAUAAAUGUGCAUUUUCUGGAGGGUUGCUCCAUUACCAAACCGAGGAUGCAGUCUUUGGGGUGUUUUCGGUGAUUUUUUGGACUAUUACUCUUAUUUCAUUGUUCAAGUAUGCUUUUAUCAUGUUGAGUGCCAACGAUAAUGGUCAAGGUGGGCUUAUCGCAUUAUAUGCACUCCUUUGCAGAAAUGCAAAAUUCUGUUUGCUGCCUAAUCAUCAAGCAGCUGAUGAGGAGAUCUCUACAUAUUGUUACCCAGGUCGUUCCAAUACGAACAGACCCACUUCACCAUUGAAAGGAUUUAUUGAGAGACAUAAAAGUGCCCAAACUUGUUUACUUCUUCUAGUUUUAUUUGGAGCUUCCAUGGUGAUCUGUGUUGGUAUCCUCACUCCUGCAAUAUCAGUUUUUGCAUCUGUUGAAGGGCUAAAAUUUCAAGCGAAAGAUUUGCAUAAUAGUGUGGUGGUUCUUAUUGCCUGUAUUCUAUUAGUUGCUCUUUUUGUUUUGCAACACCGUGGCAUCCACAAGUUGGCCUUCAUAUUCACUCCCAUCAUGAUCCUUUGGGUACUGUUAAUUGCUGCUGUCGGAAUCUACAAUAUCAUCGAGUGGAAUCCAAGAGUAUAUCAGGCUCUUUCUCCAUAUUAUGUUUACAUAUUCUUUAAGAGGACAGGAAAAGAUGGUUGGAUUUCUCUUGGAGGAAUACUUUUAUGUAUUACUGGAACUGAAUCCAUGUUUGCGGAUCUUGGUCAUUUCAGAGCAACACCAAUAAGGGUUGCAUUUUCUUGUGUCAUUUAUCCAUGUCUAAUACUUCAAUACAUGGGACAAGCUGCAUUUCUUUCAAAAAAUUUAUCUGCAGUGUCUAUGAGCUUUUAUGCUUCUAUUCCAGUUCCCUUACUUUGGCCAGUACUUGUGGUUGCACCUUUGGCUGCCAUUGUUGCCAGUCAACCUGUUAUCUCUUCCACAUUCUCGAUAGUCAAGCAAUUGCAUGCAAUACGAUGUUUUCCUCGCGUCAAGGUUGUACAUACGAAGAGACGGAUCCCUGGUCAGAUAUACAUCCCUGAGAUAAACUGGUCUCUUAUGAUUCUCAGUCUGGGUGUCACAAUUGGUUUUCGAGACACAAAUUAUAUAGGAAAUGCUUAUGGGAUUGCAUGUUUGGCUGUUACAAUCAUAACAACGUGGUUGACAUCGCUAGGAAUCAGCCUUGUUUGGCAUAAGAGUUUCAUGUUUGCCCUUUUAUUCAGUGUACUAUUUGGUUCAGUUGAAAUCAUCUACCUUUCAUCUUCGUGUAUGAGAAUCCUUAAAGGUGGAUGGUUUCCCCCUGUUCUCUCUGCAGUCUUCUUGGUAGUUAUGUAUGUCUGGCAAUAUGGAACGAGGAAGAAGUAUUUGUAUGACCUGCAUAACAAGGUUUCCAUGAGGCAUAUACUCACGCUGGGCCCUAGUCUUGGGAUUGUUAGGGUCCCAGGGAUUGGCCUCAUCUACACUGAGCUGGCUACGGGAGUCCCAGCAACAUUUACUCAUUUCUUAACCAACUUACCAGCCUUUUACCAAGUGAUUGUCUUUGUUUGCAUUAAAACUGUUCCUGUUCCCUAUGUACCCCAAAAAGAUAGGUAUCUUGUUGGUCGCAUUGGUCCCAAAUCUUAUGGGAUGUACCGCUGUAUGGUUCGGAAUGGAUACAAAGAUGUCUUUAAAAAUGGAGAUGACUUUGAAAUUGAUGUGGUGAUGAGCAUAGCGGAGUUCAUCCAAAUGGAAGCAGAAGGUUGUGGAACUCCUGAAGGUACUGUGGAUCGCCGUAUGGCAGUUGUGAAGACAUCUGGGAAGUUUGGCACAGCAUUGUUUAUGUCACAAACUUCUGGCCCUGGAGAAAGCAGCAGUUCAAGUUCUUCAACUAUUGUGAGCAGCAGCAAGUCUAACACACUGCAGAACUUGCAGGCCACCUAUGAGCAAGAAGCACCGAAACUAAACUAUUGGAGGCGGGCUCGGUUUGGGUUGAUGGAUGCAAAAUGCAAGGAUACACGUGUGAAGGAACAGCUGCAGGAACUUGUGGAAGCAAAGCAUGCUGGGGUAGCAUAUGUAAUAGGCGCUGCGUAUUUAAAGGCAAAAUGGAAUUCGUCAUUCAUAAAGAAGUGCGCUAUCGAUGUUGCCUACUCUUUCUUACGUAAGAACUGCCGAUCUCCUGCCGUUGCAUUGAACAUUCCUCAUAUCUGUUUAAUCAAGGUGGGAAUGAACUACAUUGUUUAA